GGAGCGUGUAGAGGAGUGUGAUGAUGGAGCGCUGCAUGAUGGUGAUGGCUGUUCCCAAAAAUGUUUACGGGAGCCAAACUACAUUUGCCAUGGUAAGUGUCUGAUGUACAAGAUAAUAAGUUAUAAAAGCAGUAGUUGAACUAUGACAGGGAUGUGGAAUUUAUAUUGCCAAACGCCCAGGACAUGCAGUGCUGAGCGAUGAGCAGGAAGUUUUUUUAAAUUCUUUUAGCCAUGCCUUGGGGAGGGUUGAUGCUGGGCAGGGAUUUCAUCUUUGGCAGGAGAAGAGCUGGACUGUCCUACCCAGAAAUGCCUUAUUGGGAUGCUGCAGCUCACUAUUGCCUCACAUGGAGUUGUGAAGAAUGGCAGUAGCCAAAAGCUUCUCAUAAUGCUCAGGAACAAUUGCCACCUGGAUUCAGAGUGAUGUUAUCUCCUGGCAGCCAACAUGCUGUUUCCGGGCAAAGACAGCAUUUUGGCAGGCUUCAGCUUGUAAUCAGUGCUGUGCAUGUGUGUGUCAUAGAUUGUGUAGUUUGUGUGUGCAUGUCAGUCAGUGAAUGAGCCUGUGUUAGUGGAUGUUUGUGUCAGUGUGCAGUGUGUUCGUGUAUGGGUCAGUGAGUGUGUGUUGGUAGAUAUGUGUGCAGUGUGUUUGUGUAUGGGUCAGCCUGUGUGUAUCGGUAUGCUGUGUGUGUCUGUGCAUGGGUCAGUCUGUGUGUGUCUAAGUUUGCAAAUUGUUUGUGUAUGGGUCAAUGUGUGUGUGUCAGUGUUCAGUGUGUUUGUGUAUGGGUCAAUGAGUGUGUGUUGGUGGAUGUGUGCAUCAGUGUGCACUGCAGUGUGUUUGUGUAUGGGUCAAUGAUUGUGCGAUGGUGGAUGUGUGUGUCAGUGUGCAGUGUGUUUGUCCAUGGAUCAGUGUGUCAGUAUUUUUCAGUAUAUCAUAACCACAUACAGCUAGCACACACCACACACACCAUAUGCAGCCAGCACACAUCACAUUCACAUCACACACAUUCUGCACACCUCAUUUGCCUCAAGAAAAAGUGCCCACCACAUGCACUUGACAGAACCAGCACACGCAUUACACAAAGCAAGAACACUCCACACACACAUGACACACAGCCAGCAAUCACUGUACAUACAUGACACACAGCGAGCACACAGAAAUGACACACAGCAAGCACACAUCACACACAAUGAAAAAGGGGGAGACUAUGGGAGUGCAGAGUGUAAUUCACAAGACCCUGGAUUUUUCCCAAAUAAAUCCAAAUAGCAAAACUGGGGCCAAAGUGUUGUGAUUAUAGCAGAGUUAGAGAGUUUUUCCACAUCAGCUAUUUUUGCCUUCAGUUUCCCUUUCAGCAAAUAACCCUGUCAAUAUCCAGGGCUCUCAACAGGGGCCCCAAUCUUUUUCAUUGAAAAAGAUUGUCAUGACGGGCAAGUAGAUUGGGCUAUCACUUUUGUCCCUCGGACAAGUAGGUUUUUGAAAGAAAAUCCACAGCCCUGCAUGAUACGGGCUCUGCUUUCCAGUGGAAAAGGUGUUCAUGUAGAUUUGAAUGUAUUGAGCUGUGAAAUGGUUUGUAACAGCUGGCAUGGCUGCUUGGAUUUUAUUAGUAUGGACAUGGUCUGAUUUUCUUGGCAGGGGAGCCUAGUCUGUGCUAUUUACAGAAUGAAGACUAUACCACUGAAUCUCGUGACAACAGUAUGGAACUAUCAGCAAACUAUGCUGCUCAACCAUUGAAAGGAAACAUUGAGCAAUGGGCUUCCAAAGCUUUUGCUUCCCACCAAGAUGCCAACAAAUGCCCGGUUUCUGCAGUAACUCAAGAGCCAGCCAGGAAGGUAAUUUGAUGUCUGCUUAUUGUUUGUGCUACUUUCCAUAAUGCUUUCCCAAUUAUCUAUUCCAUUGCUUUUUAUUGUUUCGAAAAAGAAAAAAAAAAUUAUCUUUCUGUCACGCUCGUUUUUCGGAUAAUUGUUCUCCUUAAUCUAGGACAAUAAAGUGAGUCCAUAAAUAAUAACAACAACCAAAUAUAAAGAGAUUUCAAGUUCACUAAAUGCACUGAUGAUAAUUCUCUGUCUGUUGCUGUUGUCUCUGGUCAUAGUUGCCUUUCAUUUGUCUUACGCAAUACUAUAGUAAGUGGUGGAUGAGCCAAGUCUAUAUUUGAAGUGUUUGUUCUUUUCCCCCUUAAUUCUAGAGCUGUUACCCUUCUGUUUUACCAUCUUUCAUCAACAAUCUAUUGGCGUGGUUUCCCUGUGCAGGGAUUGGAAGCCUACCUCAGGAAGAACAUGUAUGGCUCAAGGUACCAUUAUCAUACCAUAUUUUUACAAGGGUAUGUGUGUGGUUCAGGUUGUUGACAGAUUAAAAUAUCCACGGCUAACCAUCUGGCAGUAGAUUAUGGACUCUAGUAUGGUCAUAGCUGAAGGGUCAUAAUGUAUCUACAGAUCCACCAACAUAAAUAAACAUAAAAAAACAGCUUUUCUCAGGGUUCAGUGAAACAUUAAUAUAGUUAAAGUAGGAUUCCCAAUCACACCCGAAAGAGGAGUAAAAGAUGCUCAGCACAAUUAGCAACUGUUUCAUUGCCAGGAUGCUUACAAGGAAGUGCUUAAAAGGAACAAUAAUUGUAGCUACAUAACUGAUUUAUGGAAUUCUACCAGCAGAGCAAGAACUGACAACAAGCUUUUCUUUAGGUCAGCUUUGAUAAACCAAGUCUAGCGGAUUCUUUCCUUGUCUACCUGGCAGCUGAUGGAGCCAUUCUUGGUAAUUCACAGAAAUCGAUAGUUACGGCUCAUCUGACAGACAUCAAGGGACAAAACCACACGCUUGGUGAGUUCUUUAUUUCUGAAACUGUUCUGCAAUGCUCUCUGUGAGCAUCAAGAUUGUUUGCUUUUUAAUCGUAAAGAAAAAAACAUGUUUACAACUAUUAUUUUUAUUUAUAUAACACCAACAUAUGCUUUGUAGUAUGUAUAUAAUACAACCAAGUUAGGCUGAAAAAGAUAAACAUAUAAAGCUUACGCUCCAGAGAACCAACAAAAUGAUAUAUUUGCAUGUCACAACUAAAGCAACAUUUCAGCAGUAAGCAUGCCCAGCAUACCAAACUAGUGCAUGAAAACACAAAAAAGUAGUUUUUCUGUAUAGAUAAAAGUUGAAUAUUUAAUGAAACCUUCUUUAUAAAGUACAUUUAUAUUCCUUAAACAAAGAAACUUAAAGCAACACUAAGCUUUUUCCCAAGCCCUGUUCUAAGCUACAUACCACCCAACACCAGUGAAUCAGAGAUUGGGGCAAAGGGGCCAGGCAAGUCAUACAAAAUUGCUUCACUGGCACCACCCAAAGGGGCAAAACCUCAGAGAAUGGGAGAAAACUAGCAAGUCAGCCUGACGUGAAUGAGGGCAGACUGUUUCAGUGCUCUCUGCAUUAUCCUACUGUCCUUAGCAUAUCCUUAGUUGCCUUUAGUUUCUUGGUGGCCCCAAAAGCAGGACAACAGUUUGACUCCGUACAGGGGGAGGGUUCCAUAAAAAUUCUAAUACCAUAA